AUGUGUGCACUUUCGCAGAUCAGUCGCGAGAUUAGCACCAUCUCCAUAGCGACAGUUGUCUACACAAACGACGCCAUUUUGUUGUUUAUUGCUGAAGCAAUCUCACGACUCUGCUCUUCUUUCGCUCUGUGUUUCACACUCCUGCUGAUUUCUGCAUCAUGUAUACAACUGCUGCCAGGGUUUAUCACCAAGCUGAGGACAAGCUCCACAAAAAAGGAUUUCCCAAUGCAGUCUCCCAAACGGUUCUCCCUGUUCCCCAUCCAAUUUGGCCAUGUCGGAAGUGAAACUGUCGUCCUCGCCCCAGAGCCCUGACUCUGGAUUCGUAGACGACUGGCAAUCGGUAAAAACGUUGACCGAAACCAGUUUGCAUUUUCUGGUCCAGAUUAUUUACAUACCGCCGUCAUAGCUGGAACAGUGCCGAGAGCGGCGUUCAACAAUAAAUAAACACACUAGUAUAGGAACACAGGUGUAUGGUCCAAGCUGUAGUGGACAUGCAAUUAAGGUUUAGUAUUGUAUGCUUCGGUCAGAGGUCAGAGUCUCGUUUUGGAAAUUGACCUCGUGCGAGCGGGUAUCAGUGGCGGCGCCCUGUGUUUUUUCGUUAAAAGUCAAUAAAGUCUUCAUCUCAUUCUA